GCUUGCGGGACGGGGAGGUGCUGGUGCGGCUGCAGAAGCGGGUCGCUGCCUGGAGCGUGGGCUGUCCUUUUACUCAGGGUAAGAAUUCCGUCACUCCCUUGGACCCUUGCAGUUAAUGUUUUGCCAGGACAACAAACAAGAGCUCGUUACAAAAUCCAACACAGCAAAAUAAUCAAAGGAAAAACAUUGAGUGGAAUUGGACAGUGGAGUUGCUUUUGUUUUUCUCUGUCUCAUCAUAGUUGUCCCAUCUCCUCUUAAUCUAAACGUAUUUUACUUAAAAGCUUGAUGAAUCAUCAAACAUCAAGUCAUCAGUUUUGAUCUAGUUAUUGGGACAGAAACUGGGUACUGGAUAAAUAUCAUCGUCACUGCUUGCGUCUGAUUUUUCACUUCCGACUUCCAAAGACUGAUCAGGAUGGCUGGUUAUGGCUACUACAGGACGAGCAUCUUCACAGCCAUGUUUGUGGGUUACACCCUGUAUUACUUCAAUAGGAAAACCUUCUCCUUUGUGAUGCCCUCCAUCAUGGAGGAGGUGACCUUGGAAAAAGACGAUUUGGGUCUGAUAACCAGCAGCCAAUCGCUGGCCUAUGCCAUCAGCAAGUUUGUCAGUGGAGUGCUCUCCGAUCAGAUCAGUGCCCGCCUGCUCUUCUGCUUUGGCUUAUUCCUAGUGGGAAUGAUAAAUGUUGUCUUCUCCUGGAGUUCCACCAUCACUGCCUUUACUGUGCUCUGGUUUUUGAAUGGAUUGGCCCAAGGCUUUGGGUGGCCACCCUGUGGGAAAAUACUGCGCAAGUGGUUUGAACCAGCGCAGUUUGGAACGUGGUGGGCUGUCUUGUCGACCAGUAUGAACUUAGCAGGCAGCCUUGGCCCACUCAUCGCCACGACAAUGGCUCUUAGCUACAGCUGGCGGGUAACCCUCUCCCUCUCUGGUUCCAUCUCCAUUGGGAUUGCAUUCCUGUGUCUGUUCUUUAUAAUCAAUGAGCCUAUGGAUGUAGGACUACCCAACAUUGAACCAGGCCUGAAGAAAGGAGACAAGAAAGGGUCCACUGGCGAUGAGAGCACUUUGAAGGAACUAUUGUUAACCCCAUAUCUGUGGAUCCUGAAUAUUGGGUACCUUGUGGUGUUUGGAGUGAAGACCUGUUGUACUGACUGGGGGCAGCUCUUCCUCAUUCAAGAGAAGGGACAAACUGCACUUAUAGGGAGCUCGUUCAUGAGUGCGCUGGAGGUUGGCGGACUGCUGGGUAGUGUUGCUGCUGGAUACCUGUCUGACAGAGCAGUUGCUCGGAAAGGCCUUCGAAGUCAUGGGAACCCUCGACAUGGACUUUUGCUCUCCAUGAUGGCAGGAAUGGCCUUAUCAAUGUACCUCUUCAGAGUUACGGUAACUCCAGAGUCUGCUAAGGAGAAUGAGCUCUGGACAUUAAUCUUCUUGCCUCUGACUCAAAUCACUAACUUAACUGAAGACGAGUUAUGGAUUCUGUCCUUGGGAGCCGUAUUUGGGUUCUGUUCUUAUGGACCAAUUGCACUGUUUGGAGUGAUAGCGAAUGAAUCUGCACCUUCUAAUCUGUCUGGGACAUCACAUGCCAUUGUUGCACUCAUGGCAAACGUGGGAGGGUUUCUGGCUGGCCUCCCAUUCAGUACAAUUGCGAAGAACUACAGCUGGGACACGGCAUUCUGGAUCGCCGAGGUCACGUGUGCUCUCACCACCGUGGCCUUUUUCCUGCUGAGGAACAUCCGGACCAAGAUGGGCCGUCUUCCCAAGAAGGAAGAUUGAAAAUCCAGGAACGCUCCUCCAGUAGAGAGCCUUCUGCUUUGAUCAUGUUGGUAAAAGCUCACAAGUGAGUGCACUUCUGCCCACACCAUUACUUUGAGUCUGUAGGCAGUGGAUCCCAUUGCAAAAUUGCUCCUUUUCCCAAAUCCUAUUUACAAUAAGAAUCACAAACGUGUGGAUCUUGGCCCUGCAUUUCGUUUUAUUUUUUAAAAAAAACUCUAGAUUUCUACUAAUUACUCACUAAUAUACAGAGUUUGCAAAGUUUGUUCAGCUGCUGAGCUCUGUUAUAUCUGGCCUGGAGAGUAUCACUUCCAUCCCACCAGGAAGCCUGUGGGAGACCUCACACCAACGCUUUAAGCCGGAGUGGAGGUCUUGGUUCGUCUACAUUUUAUCAGAAAUCCCCCCCACAAAAUCAAUUGUGAACAAAGCAUCAGUGUCUCUCGACCCGCCACUCUUGUGUGCAAAGUAAUCUGAUCCAAAUCCCUGCACCAAAAUGAUAUCCUCAUCAGGGUGCAGAGAAUCAGUUGACUUGGCAGCUAGAUCGCCAUCAGUCUGCAUCACUUCUGAUUUAAAGCAGAUGGCACUGUUCUGUUGGUUUUAAAAUAAAUCCUCCCCCACUGUACUCUAGCUGGAGCACCCAGUGAUCUGGUUCUGUCCAUGGUAACCCAGUAUUUGCGUAACUUAUCAAAGGUUGGCACAACAUUGUGGGCCGAAGGGCCUGUAUUGUGCUGUACUGUUCUAUGUUCUAUGUAUCACACCCAGUGUUGUAUCCUGCAGGGUGAACAGUUCACAGUGGAACUGGGAAUUGCAUACUUAUCUGCUACCAGAUGUGACUUGCGCAACUUGCUUUUUGAACAGAGCCAAUUAAUUCCAAAGAUAUACAUGUGUCCGCUGUGUCUCAGUGGGUAGCAUUCUCACUUCUGAGUCAAGGUUGUGAGUUCACAUCCUUCUCCAAAGACAGUGUGUAAAUUCUGUGCAGUAAUGAGGGAGAGCCACACUGCAGCAGUGUCUUUUGAACAAUUUGAUAAAUUGAGCCCAUCUACUCCAGUGGACAGCUGAAUUUUUAAUAUUGGCUCAAUCACUUGGAAACAGAUUGUCGGGAGCUUUGCAUUGCUGAUAGUGGGAGCCUGCUGUGCACUUUAACCUUGACUGCAUUACAAAAUGAUUUCAUUGGCUUGGGAUUUCCUGAGGUUGUGAAAGAAAUGCACGAGUCUCUAUGGGGUGGUUUGUCUCCCUAACCCCUUAUUCUGAGACUAUGCUCCCAGUUCUUGAUGAAUCGUCCUCUCACUCUAUCCUGUCAGCAUCAAGAAUUUUGCUUCAGUAAUUUCAUUGUUCUAACUCCAGAGAACGUAGAACUCAUCUACUUGAUCCCUCCUUGUCCUGGGGGUCAGUUUACCAACUGUCUCCAGCCCAUGAGGUGCCUCUGAUCAGGAAACCCCUGAAAUGGGAAAGCCUAAUGACUCUCAGUAAUGUGUUAAACAGAAUCUAUUUGACACCAGCUCGUGAGCUAUUAUCCACGUGAUACCAUGGUGGUUCCCUAUUGCUGAGUUUUGUUUCCUCAGCUCUUCCGUUACCAGUCUUCAUCCUGAUGGAUUCAAAUAGCUCUCGCCAGUCAUCUCCAGUUCUUCCCAAUGCUCAAGAAAAAGAACUAAACAUCGUCCGUGAUUUGUUUACAUCCUACAGCAAGUGAUGAUGCAUGGAUAAUCCAGGUGAAUAUCAGAAGGAAACUUCUCAAACGAGACUAUGUUUACAUAGAGAUUAUAACUGGAUUGGGACUGAAGUUUGACAUGAAUGGUGCAUUGGGCUAAUUUGUGUGGGUGCUAACACUUUCUCUCCUGGUCGGGGUACAAUUAAGAACAGAGAGCCUUGGCUCCUUGCUGCCUGCUCUGCCAUUCAAAAGGAUCAGGACUGAACAUCUACCCUCUACUUCACUCUUUCCCACUAUCCCCUUUUCUCUUUGUGCCCAAAAUUUGUUGAUCUCUUGAACAUUCAGAGUGACCGAGUAAAGACAGCCCUCAGCGGUAGAGAAUUCCAAAGAUUCACUAUCCUCUGAGCACUUCUUUCCAGAUCGUCAACCUCUUACUCUGAGACCGUGACCUCAGUUCUAGCUACCCGUCCUCUCAAGACCAAGAACUUGGUUUCAGGUAUCUCAUUCAUGUAAACUCCAAAGAACAUAGAACUAGUCUACUCGAUCUUUCCUCAUAGAAUCCAUUGACUGUAGCUUUGGCACAUUUGCUGUCAGGUAUAUGCAUCUUUCCGUGGAUGAGGACAUCAAAACUGCAGACAGUAGUCCAGGUGUGAUCUCACCAAUGGUAAUUACAAUACCACAUCAUAACAUUUGCUUCCUGAAGUUUACUUGCUGUAACUACAUGUUAACUUUCUGUACAUGUAACCCAGGUCCAUUUCCAUCAAUAUUUCCCAGUUUUUCAUCAUUUUAAAAUAUUCUGCUUUUGUUUUUCCCACUAAACCAGAAAACCAUGCAUUUCUCUAUUUUAUCUCCAUCUGUCUCAUCCCUAGGCCUUUAUGAACUUCCCACAGCUGAUGUUCCCAAACACUUCUGUCAUUGAUGUGGAUUGUAAACACCUGGGGCCCCAGCACUGAUCCUCUGAUACUCCAUCAGAUUCAGAUUGCCAACAGAGGCCUUUCAUGUUAUUCCCAACUGAAUGAGCCCUAAUUUGUGUAGGAGCCAUUUGUUGCACCUUACCAGAAACCUUUAGAAAAUCUUACUGAGCUACAUCCACUGGUUCCCCCUUAUCAAUCCUCUGAGUUAUAAUGUUAACUUAAAAGUUCUUGGAUUUGUCCAAUGCUAUUUCCCUUUCGUGGGUCUUUGACUCUGUCUAAUCAAAUUAAGUCUGUUUUUCACCGUGUAGCUUCAAGCACUUUUCACACUACUGACACCAUUCUACCUGGUCUUUGGUUCACCAUUCUUUGUUCCUCUGAAUAAUGGAUUUAUAUUUGCCGCCUUCUAAUCUAGGAAAUGAAAAUCGGUAUCUUUGUAGGUACACUUCCAAAACAAUUGUGGUAUCAGGCAGUAUUGGGUUUUGGUUCCCAUUGAUAUCAUGGAUAUUCUUUCUUUUCAUUUAUUCAUCCAUGGCAUGUGGACAACACUGGCAUUUAUUGCCCAUCCCUCACUGCCCCUGAACUGUGGAGGCCAUUGGUGAAUUUGGAGUCAUAAAAUUGGUGAAUUUGGGUAAAGAUGGCAGGUUUUCUUCCUAGAAGGACGUUAGUGAACCAGAUGGAUUUUUAUGAGAACAGGGUAGUUUCAUGGUUACUAAUAUAGAUAACUUUAUUCUAGAAUUAAUUAAUUAAAUCUCAGAUCGAUUAAUUAAUUAAAUUGCAGAUUAAUUAAUUAAUUGAGUUUAAAUUCCCUGUUUCUGUCGUGGGAUUCAGACUUGCAUCUCUGUUCGGUAACAAUCCCCAUGGCCCCGUCAUUCACUGUCUGUCUUGGCUACUUGAUUCUCACUUCUAUAGGUUGCUUUCUUCAGAUACCAGACGCUGAGCUAAGAUUUAUCCAAUUCACUUUUAUACUUGGUAAUAUUCAUCAGAUUAUGAUCCCCAGAUGCUCUUUCACUACAUGUUGAUAAUAUCUCAUCCUGUGUACAACAGCUGACUUUUUAAAAUAUCCCGCGCCCCAGUUAGUUGCAUGACAUACUAAUAUUAAACUAUUCUAAAUGUAUUUUAUGAACAUCCUCCACAUUUAAUACUGUAAAUUUGGUAUUCUCCCUCUGUUGAAAUGCCUCAUUAUUACUAUGCCAUAUGCAUUACAUGCACAUUGACAAAUGUACGACUAUCACUACACUAUGAGCUACUCCCACCAGUCUUCAUAUCCCACAUUGUUUAUUAGCUGCCAAGCUGAUUCUGCAUUGAUUUUCUGAUCUAAUUCAGUCCGCUAUGGUCUUUUUCCUAAACUUUCUAUCAUCAGGGCUUCCUGCCUCUCCCACACUUUUUUUUUUCAUUUUCCCCUCUUCUCACAGUCAAAUGUUCUGGAAAAUUUAGUUCCCAACAUUUCCCUAAAGGGUAUUAAAUUUCAACUCUUUCAUUUCUAUUAAUUCAAUUUUAAAUGAAAAAGCUGCAGCUGCAAAACAACAAAUUUCACGUCAUGUAAAUCGGUGAUAAUUCUGAUCCUGAAUGCAGUGCAAGUUCAGAUUAGUUGUAACCAUCUCCUAUAUUUCUUGAUCACCGUUGCCCUAUAACUUUCAAAGUUUGUAUCACGUGACCCACUAUUUUCCUGUUCAACAGUCUAGAUGUUUGUUUAUGGCUUUAAGAUGUAUCCUCUCCUGAAUCUACCCAUAACUCCACCAACCUUUUAUUAAAAGCCCAUUCUACUGUCCUGGUGGUCAGAUGAGCCAGGACAAACCCCAGCCCAGUUUGAGUGGAGCCUGUCCCAACAGAACAGCUGGUUUCUGGUCUUGUCUUGAGAGUUUAACAUAAUAGGCGUUUGAUUAGCAAAUGAAUCAAUAUUUUAAUUAACUGUAAAUGCUGAAGAUUACCUGCUCUUUGCAUGUUAAAAUAAUACACUACCUUUUGUUUAUUGAGGUGCUAAGUGUAUAGCUACUGAAUGGGGUUUAUCUCCCCUUUUUAAAGUAUAGUUUAUGUAUAACUGAACUUUUACUGUUGUGAGGUUUUGGCAGGGUCAUCCACAAUCAGGGCUUUUUAAACAUUUAAUGUGACCAGUAACCAAUAAAUUUUACCCACUU